AAAUGGCGAACAAUUCAGUUUCUUACUUAGUAUUGCUUUUGCUCGUCUUCGUUCUUGCAAUAUCAGAAAGCGCACCGGUACAAUAUUGCGACAGGGUAACCAACCUUUAUCAUGAAAAGUGUGACGAGAAGCAGUGUACUGAACACUGCAAGACAAAUGAGAAGGCAGAAUCAGGAUACUGCCUCGUAGUUGAAAAGCAACAACUUAGCAUAUGCAGCUUCGAUUGUUCCAAGUAUAAACCGAGUACUCCGGCUCCACCUCCACCUCCACCUCCACCAAAGUUCUUCUAUUCUGGUUCAUGGUUGCAGGCCAAAGUCGAGAAUGUGAUGCUUCCUGGGCAAAAGAAUAUGAAUUGCACACAAUGUCCCAAAUAAUCAACAGUCUGCAUGUUUGUAUGUUUUGAGUCUUUGCAUGAAGUGUCUUUAAUUAAGGUUAUAUUUGUCAUUUUGAGUCAUAUUAUAGAAAAGAGUCGUUGGGUAUAACUGGAUAAAGUGGGUAGUCCAUGUUGUCAAGUAGUGGGUAGAUUUUCUCUUGAUUGCAUGUUUGUUUACGUGGUCAUCGUGUAUUUACAGUGUUUGUGUUUCCCUUGUGUAUUUAAGCUCUUGUGUUGAUGAAUAAAAUUAUCCAGUUCCAACAA